GAGUUUUUUCUAUUCCCCACUGAAAUUAUGUAAGGAAGUAGUGUCGGUUCAAGAAUGCUUUAUUUGACUUGUGAAGAUAAACACUGUUUCUCGUCUUAUCCUACAUAAACACCAAAUCAGCAGAUCUCCGUGAGCAGUACAGCGUGUGUGGAGCAGUGGACUUGAGGUAAUCUUUUGUUUUUGUGUCGUUCUGACAAAAAACUAGAAAACUUUGGAUGGGAUCAUCGAUCUUGGACGUCCAUUUAGUCAGCACGUUGACCAGCUGAGCGUGAUGGUGAAAGAAGAUUUAAAAGAGGAGGAAUAUGAUCAUAUGAUUUCAUGUCCAGAUGAAGAUGAAAAGACCUUUGCAGAGCUUCACUGUAGGCCUAAAACUGAAACAGACGUCACAGAGUCCAACGUUACUUAUGAAACACAACAGACAACCGCGGAGAUUGAAGUGAAGAUUGAAGAUGAUGAACAAGAACACGAUUAUCUGCUGGGAAAUGAAUCAGAACACCCACAGCAGAAGAUCCAUGGGCAGAAUGAUGAAGUGCAACUCAAAGGAAGGCUGCACCACUGCACCGUCUGUAGGAAGAGUUUCACAGCCCUGAGAGAACUCAAGAAACACCAGCAAACACACUCUCUUGGUGUUAAUCAAAGCCAGAGUACUGGCAAAAGACAUAAAUGUGUUCAUUGUGGAAAAGUUUUUUCACAAGUUUCACAUCUGAAAACCCAUAUGCUAGUACAUACUGGGGAGAAACACAUAUGUGCCCAUUGUGGAAAAGCAUUUUCACGAAUUCGAAAUCUUAAAACCCAUAUGCGAAUACACACUGGAGAAAAGUCUCAUAAAUGUGACCAGUGUGGAAAGGUUUUCCCACACAUUUCAGCACUUAAAAUCCAUAGUUUGACUCACACAGGAGAGAAACCUCAUAAAUGUAUCCAGUGUGGAAAGAUGUUUUCACGAAUUCAGAAUCUUAAAACCCACAUGCGAAUUCACACUGGAGAGAAGCCGCAUGUAUGUGUCCAGUGUGGAAAAGCUUUCAGAAACACAUCAAAUCUUAAAUCUCAUAUAAUGACGCACACUGGAGAGAAGCCCCACCUGUGUGUCCAGUGUGGAAAAUCGUUUUUGCAAAUUGCACAUCUGAAAGCCCACAUGCUAACUCACGCUAGUGAGAAGCCUCACAUAUGCGUCCAGUGUGGAAGAGCCUUUUCAGAAAAUUCACUCCUUAAAAGACAUAUUUUAACUCACACCGGAGAGAAGCCUCAUAAAUGUAUCCAGUGUGGAAAAGCUUAUUUACGUACUUCCUCUCUUAACACCCACAUGCGAAUACACACCGGAGAGAAGCCCCAUGAAUGUGACCAGUGUGGAAAAGCUUUUCCACAUAUUUCAGCUCUUAAAACCCAUAUGCUAAUUCACACUGAAGAGAAACCUCACAUAUGUGCCCAGUGUGGAAAAGGUUUUGCACUAAUUCCUUAUCUUAAAUCCCAUAUGCUAACACACAGUGAAGAGAAGCCUCAUACAUGUAUCCAGUGUGGAAAAGCUUUUACAAAAAUGUCAAGUCUUAAUUACCAUAUGAUGACGCACACCGGAGAGAAGCCUCACGUAUGUGUCCAUUGUGGAAAAGCUUUUAAAAAAAUGUCAAAUCUUAAUAUCCAUAUGAUGACACACACUGGAAAGAAGCCUCACAUAUGUGUCCAGUGUGGAAAAGCUUAUUCACGACUUAAGAACCUUAAAACCCACAUGCUUGUACACACUAGAGAGAACCUGCGUGACACUUCUGAACAGUUUUCAUCCAUGAGCCAUAAAAUAAUAUCCUGACCACACCCACUUAAUAUAUCUGGCCCUGCCCAUCCUAGAUACUGUAUCCUUUCAGAGAGAUUCUAGUCUGGGACAUGAUAAUUCACUAACGUUUCCCUCAGACAAGAAAAAUAUCAGGCCAAUCAGCGACGAGAGACAAAACCGAAGAUGAAACCUGAAACUUAUUGUGAUAAAUAGUAGCAGCAACACCUGUACACUGCAAAAAGUGACAUUUUACUAAGUGUUAUAAUCUUAUAUUAAGAUAAGAAAAAUCUAGCUAAAUUUUUAUUUUAACCUAAGAUUAUAACAAUUAGUAAAAUGUCACUUUUUGCAGUGUAAACAUCUGGAAAAAUGCAGAAAUAUAUUUACAGCCAAGAUAGACCCACAUGCAUUGUUUCCUGACUGUUGUGCUGUUUAUUGUUAGUUUGUAAAUUUUAGGCAAAGUAUGACGUAACGUUAGGAAUCUGAUCAAUGUGAUGAGAAAACCCUUUUUAUAAUUGUCAAUUCAAUGCAAAUUUGCUUGUUCUCUUUUUUCUUCCUGAUAUACGUGGCACUUGUAUGGAUGUGAGGGAUUGGGUCUGAUGUAUAACAACCUAUUCAAAAGAUUGAAUUGAUGCAAAUGUAACACUUGGUAAGCUAAUGUAGGCCAUAUAGGCCAUUUGCUCACAUAUAUAGGCUAUUUGCUCACUUUUGUCUGAUUCAUUGAUAGGAAGGACUGACUGAUUGGUGGACAUGGGGUAUUGCUCACUAUUCUGUCUAUCUAUAUCCCCACCCACUCACUCAUCUCCUUAAUACCUGACGGAGACCUCUGGUCAAAACAUUGUAGCUUAAAUAAACCAC